AUGGCAUAUCCAAUAACCAAUGUGACUCAACAGGCUGGAAGCAUUAUUGAUCAUAUCACCAACAGCGUUAACGUCAUUGCCAGCCCUGAAAAUAGAAAAAAUCCUGCACAGCAAAUUCUUCAAAAUAUCUCCAUUGUGGUUUGCGCUGUGACCUUUUUUCUGGGGACCAUGGGGAAUGGCCUGGUCAUUUUUUUUACCACCUUCAGAAUGAAAAAGACCGUCAGUGUUGUGUGUUUCCUUAACUUAGCCAUAGCUGACUUUAUCUUCACGUUUCUGCUGAUAUUCAGAAUUGUCCGCUUAACCCUGGCUUUUCAUUGGCCUUUUGGUAGAGUUAUGUGCAAGGUAGACGUUACUGUUUUCUACAUCAAUCUGUUUGCUAGUCUCUUCUUGAUCACUGUUAUCAGCAUUGAUCGCCUCGUCAUUGUAAAGUUCCCUGUUUGGUGCCAGAAUCAUCGAAAUCCAAGACUGGCAUCCAUUGUCGCUUCAAUAGUUUGGAUCCUAUUAUUACUUUUCAGCUUGCCUUAUACUAUAUUUAAAGAUACAGUUAAUGUUAAAAAUGCUGUUCAUUGCAAAUACAACUAUGACAUAGAUGCAUCUAUGGCCACAAGCAUAACCAGAUUCAUAAUCGGAUUUGUCCUUCCUCUCACUGUAAUCGUCUCAUGCUAUACAGUGAUCCUGUUGCACAUUCGUCGAAAUUACACAACCAUGUCUAACAAACCACUUAAAAUGAUAGCUGCUGUAAUAAUUGUAUUCUUUGUCUGUUGGUUUCCCUACCAUAUCUUCUCUCUUUUGCAACUGUCCAUAAAAUAUGGUGGCAAAAAUUAUUUCAAGGAUGUAGUGCUGAUCGGAAAACACUUUAGUACAAGUAUAGCCAUUAUGAACAGUUGUGUCAAUCCGAUUCUCUAUGUCUUCAUGGGUCAUGAUUUCAAAGAAAAGUUCUGGAGCUCCAUCCAGCCAAUGUUUGAAAAUGCUUUUAUGGAGGAACCGAUACAAACACAAGAGUAA